AUGGGAAGCACUCUGUCCAUCGUGCUCGUCGAAGCUGAGGCCGAGUUUGACAGGGCCAACGGAUACCUGCUGGUGUACGAAGAUGUCGUUGUCGUCGUUGUUGUCGUUGUUGAUUUUACAAAUUAUGGCUCGCACCUGCGAGCGAGAAACAGCGGUGCCUCGGUCGGUUCCUCCUCCUCGUCCUCGGACCAUCCUCAGCGGGGGUCCUCCUCCUCCUCUCCCCCGGCCGCCCCCGUCAAGGUGCCGUCCCUGCCGGCGGGAGCCCCGGCCGCCCGGCUCUGCCACCUGGUGCGGCGGCCGGACUUCGACGGCUACGGCUUCAACCUGCACGCCGACAAGCAGCGCAAGCUGCAGUACGUGGGCGCCGUGGACCCCGGCAGCCCCGCCGAGGCCGCGGGCCUCCGCGCCAACGACACCAUCGUCGAGGUGAACGGCGUGAACGUGGAGGGGGCCAACCACCGGGACAUCGUGGAGCGCAUCAAGGCGGUGCCCAACGAGACCCGACUGCUGGUGGUGGACGACGGGUCGGCCGCCUGGUACCGCGAGCACGGCGUCGCCAUCCACGGGGACCUGCCCAACGUCAUCCAGCUGAGCAGCGUCAAGGCGGCCGCCAGGCGCGCCAGCAAGCCCCCCGCCGCGGCGCAGCAGGAGCAGGAGGCACCGCCGCCGCCGCAAGGCGAGGCCACUGGCCACGACGGUCUCCGGUUGUGCCACCUGUCCAAGUGGCCCAACUUCGACGGCUACGGCUUCAACCUCCACGCCGACAAGAAGCGCCAGGGACACUUCAUCGGACAGGUGGACCCCGGCAGCCCCGCCGAACUGGGAGGCCUGCGAAAGAACGACCGGCUCGUCGAGGUGAACGGCCUGUCCGUGGAGGGCGAGAGCCACCGCGAGAUCAUCGAGCGCAUCAAGCAGGACCCGACGCGAGUGGACCUGCUCGUGGUGGACCGCGAGGCGGACGAGGCGUUCGCGCGACGCAAGCAGAAGCCCAGCAGCCAAUCGGAGGGCGUCGUGCGCCGACGCACGCCUGCGCAGCAACCGGGCACCGAGCAGCAACAGCAGCAGCAGCAACAGCAUCAGGAUGACCUGUCCAAGAGCUCGACGCCGUUGCUGACGCCCAGCCCGCAGUCCACUCCCCCGCAGGCCCCCGAGAGGGCUUCGCACGUGGCAACGGCGGCGGCCGCCCACCAGAGCCGCGACGAGGACGACACGUCGUCCGUCGAGGUGGUCGCGGCCUCCCCGACGCCCACGAGCGAGGAAGAAGGGGACGACCGCUCGACGCCGCGUCUCGAGACCCCCGUCUCGGACAAGGGCUCCUCGGCCGUCAACGGCGGGGGCUCCAGGAGCUCGGACCUGCGCUCCUCCACGUCCUCGAGUCCCCGGGACUCUCCGGUCUCCUUCGGCCGCGACCAGAAGAGCUCCGCGACCGAGUCGACGACGACCGCCGUGAUCAAGAACACCGCCACCACGAUCACGACCGGCGCCGACCGGACCGACGGCUCGGGCUCGUACGACGUCCAGAAGGCGUACGACGUGCAGAUCAACAACUCCGAGGUGCGCCGGAUCUCGGACCUGCAGCCGCCGCCGCAGCGGGGCGGAGCCGUGCUCGUCGCGCCUCCCCAGCCCGCCGCCAGGCAAGCCGCGGCGCUCCACGUCGAGAACAACAACGGUCCCAGCCAGAACGGCGCGGCGGCGCCACUGAGGAACGGCGGCUCGCUGCCCCCGCCCGGACACGACGGCCUCAACCUGACCAUGAAGGCGUCCGAGCUCCGGGAACUGCUGCGCUCCCGGAAGAAGAAGGACCCGAGGGAGACGCAGAUGGACCUGCGCCAGAAGUACAAGAUCAUCGAGCAGAUGUAGAGAGGCGCGCGCAAGGGCAGCGGGGAUUGGACACUGUGUCGCCGUCCGUCACCUUCUUCGUGUCGAGGGAGCCCCUUGUUUGGUGACGUCAUAAGUGGCAGCCAUAUUGUUUGGCGGGUGUUCGCUGUGAGCAGCUCCGGUCUUUCGUAUAGUUUUUUUUUUUUUCCGUCUUGUCUGUGCGCGCACCCCCGACGCUUUUGUGACAGCCUGAGAGAAAAAAAAGACGAUCGCUGUGGGGACACUUACGCUGUGCGCCGGGUGGUGUUAUUACGCAACGGCAUGAGUGAGUGUUUGUCGGCGCUGGAGUGCCUCUUGUGUGCGUUGUGUAAUUGUUUUCUCCGAGCUGGUUUCUUUUGUCGCCUGUUAAGCGAGAAAAUUUGCCCCGAGUUGAAUACCACGUGUAUACACUGCGACUGCACGAGGCCACGUAUAACGUCACGUGAUUUACGAUGUUAUAGAAGCACGUGCGGCUCAGACUGGCGAUGCGUCACACUUACGUUAAGGGUUUGCUAGCGUGAUCUUGUAGCUACAUUUUUUUUUUUAUAAUUGUAACAUGGGCUGAAAACAUUUUGUGCUCAAUACACGUCUGCUAAAAUUCGCCUCUAUAGGACUACGUACUUUCAGUAGAUCGACCGGCAGCUGCUGUAAGAUGAGGUAAACCGGCGUGACCUUAUGGUCGCUGCCUGUCAAAUUAAAAAAAAAAAAAAAGGCAAGUGCCUGGGCAACUUUGCCCGUACAUGUAAAGGGACCGGCUUUGUUGUUUGUGAUUGGCCCGCAAACGUAACAACGCUCACGUUCUUAACCCAUCGCUAAUAUAGGGCGAUCUGGCUACAUCACUGCAGAAAACCUCGCACCAUUUGUUUGGUGUGACUGUAGUUGACUGGACACAGCGUCCGUAAUUAUUUUUUUUCGUUGAACAUAUACCUUAUAGUCUACUUUUUACGUCGUUACAAUUUUUGAACGAAGGGUCCGUGAUGAAAAUCAUUCCUAACCGUUGCCUUUUGCAAAGUCCGGGCGGACGUUUUGUUGCGCUCUUUGUAGCCGGUUCGUGUUUUCUAAACAAAGCGUGUUGCCAUUAUGCACCUCAUAGCCUGUCUCGUCAUUUCUCUCUUUCUCCUUCUUUCUUUUUUUUUUUCGAGAGUGCCUUAUACUAAUCUGUACUUCUUGUCAGCCUCGUUACUUGUACGCAAGAGGGAUACACCGUAUCACAUCGUUGGCGGGCCUUGUCGCUCUCAAUUAUAUACUGGCCAGUAAAAAGAAAAAAAAAAACGUUGUAAUCGUGUACGCGGUCCAACCUGUGUUCUUGGCACACGUGAGAGGCAAAGCCACAGUAAAAUGAAACAAAAUAAUUAAAAAGCCAGCUUGUGGGAUGGAGUUGGGUGGUGCGUUUCGGGUACCUGAAGGAAGUUUCGUCGCGUGCCCUGCCUCCAGCCAGUGUCGAAUGCUUGCACAAUCAUCGGGAAUCUUGGGCUGUCUAGAUGCGUAGUUACACGGCUGGGCGACUGUAUCUGCUGUCGCGAGAUAUGACUGCACGGGAAGUGAGCAUUAGCCGGAGAGCCUCCGAGAUUCUGGCGACUUUGCUUCCAGUGUUGGUCGUUUCGCUUCGGGUAGCGCCUUCUUUUGUUUUGUUUUUUUUUUUCUACCGAAUUCCGCGCGUAGCAUCCUGACUUUAGUCCCAAGGACGCCUUCACGGAAACGGUUGACGUCGAUGCUGACGGCAGCUUACGUCUGUGUAUACAACCUGAAAGAAUGCCGCCGCGUGUCACAUUGUUUGCUAAGUGUAUGUGCGUCAUGACAACAGCUAUCAAGCCUGCCCCUUUCACUUAGCGUCUCUCUCUCUCUCGCUCGCUCGCUCUCGCUCUGUCAUUCCUUUUUGUUUCAUUAAUCUAAACUCAGCGUCUUAAUUCGCUCCGACGUUCUCUCGACUAGCCGCUGCGCGUCCCUAAUGAACUCGCUGUUCUUGCAACUGUGACUUCUACGUUUUGGGUAAUGCGCGAAUAAGAAUUAGACCUGUAAAUUCGUGCAGGUGCUCAGACAUCCUCCAUCUCGAGCAAGAUUUCACUUUUCGUGGCGAUCUUUCCUUUUUGUGUCGUCCUCAAUGCCGUAAGGUUUCUAGCUUGGUUCAAGUGUAUUCCAGCCGAAGCUACAUAUUUCUUACUACUUUUCAUUUGUAUUUUUCUUUUAUCCCCUAAAUAAAUUAUGUUGAGCCUGUUGCUGUCCUGUUGUCUCGGGGCACUGCACACCCUUGAAGUUCACGGCUACAGAACUGACUGCGAAAGACGCCGGAUAAAGGCUCCUAGAAAUCUACGAUCGGUAUAGCUUUGCGGCCGAGACUUUCUUUUCCGAGUGGCAUUCGAGCACAUAAAGCGGCCAGCCGUACAAGGGUCGGUUAUGUUUACGGGAUGCGAUAGCUGCUGGGACCCGACAGACGACACCUUAAGUGGCGAGGACAGACGCAUUUUUCGUAGGUGGCUGCUGCAACACUCGACAUGCAGAACCCACUGUAUGUCGUGCUGCCGAAAAUUUGCGAUUUCUGGCAAGCGAUAGCGAAGACAACGGACGUGAUACCGUCGCUUAUGCGUCGUCUCUGACAAAACACGUUCCUGCACCCCUGUAUGGUCCUGUUAUAGUGUCGCCAUUGUACAUCGACUGACCCGCCACUCUAUGCGUUCGACACCGCAAUCGCCGAAAUCAAACAGCGCGAAGGGAGCAGACGACGAUAGCGAUCGUACGUCGUCUGAUGCCAUCGCGCUAUUCGAAUUCAACGAUGUUAACCUACCAACUCCCAGUUUAGAAGAACUGGACCGACUCCCCAUUUUAGUCCAGUAUGUCUCAUCACGGAGCUCACAGACUUCAGCUGUAACGCCUACGGUGUAUACCUACUCGGUUGUGCCGAGCGCCGCGUUAAAGUGCAUUAAAAUGCGAGCUGGUUUUCUCUCUCUCUUUCUUUUUCCCCCAGUGUUUCACGCGGAGUCUUACGCUGCAUCGCCGUUCACGUGGCUUCGGGGCAGACUGGCUGCUGCUGCUGCUGCUGCUUGUAGUUUCCUCGUGGGUUUCGGUCGGUUUUCUUUCCUUCGCCUAACUGUUAUUGGUUUGUGGAACGAGGAAACCGUGCGCUUUCAUCCUCCCCGCUGUGAGCGCAGCAACUCUUUUUCUGGCGGGUGCGAAUCCGAAAAAAGAAGGAAGUUUAACCAGGUCUCCCUGAUCAAACGCGCGAUCGGCCUUCAUGGCCUACUAAGCUUACCUUUUUCUUUUCUUCUUUCUUUCUAUUUUUUUUCUCGAGCCUUUAGUACUUUCGUAAUCGUACGGGGUCCGCGUGAUAGAAAUUCUGUGCCGUCUGCUUGUACUGCGCCGACCGUUUGAACGGAUGCGACCCGCAUCGGCGUCUCUGUACACGCUUACUUACGCGAAGAAAACGGCGAAAACAAAAAAAAAAUUGACAUUCCGUGGCCUGUUGCGUUGUGUGUGCGUGAGUGUGUGUGUGUGUGUGUGUGUUGAACGAACGGUUUGGGAAAGCGAGACCGUGCGCUACUCGCGUCCUCGUUUAUUCUGAGGGCACGCAUCUUUCUUUUUUUUUUCUUUCCCGUGAUGCUCACAACGUGUAGACACCGUUUCUCCAUAUUCGCGCAACGCUGGUCGGUGUAAAGGUGGAUACUUGUCGAGUGGUUGCGGUCAUUCUCGUCGGUCGUCUUGGUCGCAUGCUCUUAUUUAUGAGCGUGUACGGUGAUAUUAUAACUGGCUAUGCGUACGUUGAAAGGUCCUUCAAUGCUUCACCGUCUUAGGGAUAAAGGAUACCAUCUGAUUAGCCGUUGAAGAAAACCGCUAGUGCAACCACACCACUUUGACAAUUAUUGAUGCGCUCGCAGCGUUCGCAAUUUUCAGUCGAGCUGUUGUUUCUGUUCGCUGUAGAAGUUACUGAAGCGUUUGAUGUGACCUUUGAGAGGAGCCGUUAGCGAGUUCCUUUUAAUCCGCAACCGCAAGGAAAGUAUUGUCGGCACGAUGCAGACCGAGGGCGCGGGCACGCCUGUUUACGGCGUUGCAACGCCGUUGUAGUCACCGAGAUGCCUGCCACUGGGUGUACCUGCUUCAGUUUUAACCGCAAGGAACGCGCCGACGCCGCGCGACGCCUAAUGUACGUCGACAUGUACGCUUCAUUGUGGUUGUAGCCAUCGCGCAUAGCCGUCGCUCGCAUCUGUCGAGCUAGCGUUGCCCAUUCUCGAAGUGCCGUCCAGUGCGUUGAGGUCGUUACCGAGUUAAUGCCGUGCCUUUGUGUUGAGCCUUGAUGCAAAUUAUGCGUGACUGUUUUAAAGCGCUCGUGGAUAACAAAAACCCCUUGUGCAGCUUUGCCUCGUAACAUCUACUCUCUCUCUCCCCCCCCUCUCUCUCUCUGUACUUGUAGCGUUGUGUUCCAAGGUUUGCAUUCAGUAUGUGUUACGCUAUUCGGGGCUUGUGCAACUCAUGAGCAACAUACGGGAAAACGUUGUCUGAAUCAAACAAAUGUCGUACCGAACAGCGCCUAUAACACAGUAUAGGCCGUGCCAGCGGUGCCAUUAAUGACAUGGUUAUCUCGUCGUUCUUUUUUUUUCUUAUGCUUAGUGCUAGGGACGUCUUCCGUUACUGCCAUGGCGUCGAGCUAUUGCCUCUCGCUUUUUACUCCGCCUUAUCAAAUCCGGGCAGCGCGAUGAACAGCCUGAGCGUAUACCACCAGUCAAUCGGGAAAGAGCUGUACCCCGCUGCCUGUUUCUAGGAGGUAGCAAGUGCUUGGGUCAUUCUGCGUCGACAAUCCGUCCGUGGUCCUUGCGUUCGAAUGGCGUCUCGCACGCUACAGGAUUGGCAGCAGAAAAGUAGACGAGCUCCCUCUACAGUUCUCGAUACUCGUCAGCUAUAUAUGGAUAUCAGCUCACUUUCCGAGCUGAUCCGUAGCAUUCGCUACACUGUGAGGGGAAAGAGAGAGAUAGUUAAAUUUUUUUUCUUUUAUUCUAACGAAGUCCUAAACAGUUUCCGUUCUGCAUAUUACAUUUGCGUUACAAGCCUGUCACCUGCGUGCUAUGUUUACGCAACUACGCACCGAAUCAAACGAUGGACCAAGUGCCUUAACCAUCACCUUCCCCGUAUCUACGUCACCUGUGGUGUUAUUCACCAACUUUGGCUAUAUAAUAUACAUGGUUGUGACGUUUCCCGCUAGACAAAGUGUAACGCAAUCUGUGCCUUGUGGGGGGAACAAUCCUCCGCCGACGUAAAAUGUUUUGCAUAUGUAAAUGCGUACGUAUAAGUGUGCGACCUCGUGAUCAGUUACAGUGGUCAAGGUUAUCUUAAAAAAAUGGAAUUCGGGACCCAUACUUGUUGUCCAUUGACUGUGGUACAUAGCGGCUGUUUGCGUUCGCGUUUUUUGAAAAUUUUUACAAUUAUAACUGUUUAUAAAUGUGUGUAUGUGUGUGCGUGCAUGUGUGUGUUUUAGCUAUGCACGUAUCUUUGCCUCUUGAUGUUAUGGUUGUGUGAAAUGCGCCGGACCCUUCAGUUCAUUGGUUGUGUGCAAUGUGAUGCCUGCAAACUACGUCUUCUACGGCAUAGAACUGGGUGAACGCCGUGUAAAUUGGCGGACCCGGAACCGACGAGUGUUUCUUAAAUUGCAAGGCGUCGCUUGACUCGUAUUUACAUUUCCUUUUUGUGCGUUGUCUAAUUUCCUAACUUGCGGUCAUAUUCUAUGAAAGCGCUCAUCGUGCGAUUUUUUACUACUUUAUAUUUCUGGAUAAUAUAUAUUAUUGCAGCUGUGACGGCUGUGCUUUACGGCUUCACAAUAGUCUCGCCAAAAGGAAGUCGCUAAUAGGCGUUUUGGCCACUACAAGGCUGCUUCACAGUACGGCUCUGUUUUGCUGUUCAUAUUCUGUACGGUAAACUCUGCGUGUGCCCUUGACGAGUCGCUACUGUGACGUCCGGACGAUGCGUGAACUGCCAGCCGUCUCGGAUUUUGGUUCGAAGCGUUCAUACACCCUUUUGAGGUCUCGACUAUUUUUGUGGUUACGAUUUCUCCGUGCUGAAAGUGCCUUCGUAAGGUUUCAUCGAUGUAUCCAGAGAUGCGUGUUGCCUUCCCGGGCCAUUUAUUUCACUUAGCAGAUGGGUGACAACAGACGACAGUCAGCGCUAACCGACAGGAGUACGCCGAUUACAACCGCAGUUGAGCGUUGACGCCAUCGUCGAUGGAAGCGGUCUGCUUUCCUGACGAAGAUUUACUCUUCACUUCGUGAUCGCAUGUCGUUAAAAAGAGAAGGGUGGGAAGGGGUAGGGAGGGGAAAUACACGGCGUGACGUUCUUCUGUAGACUGUGAGGAUUUCGGUUUUUGUAGGCCAGUCAUAUUAUGUGUGUAGACUAACGAAGUGGCAUUCUGUGAAAUUCCGACGAGCAGCACUGUCGGCCUCGUCUGUCUUCGUCUCUCUGUAGGUGUGUGUGUGUGUGUGUCACGUGUACCUCCAGAACCAAGCGUUGCUGGCUGCCUUAAUGAAACUACGCAUUGUUAUCUCGGAUGCCCGCGACAACCCAAUCUACAGAGGCUUUUCGAUAUCAGCGCGGGGUCCACAUGCUUUUUUGCGUGUCUUGCUCAACGGGAGUGCCUUCACCAACGUUCGUAUAUAUGCAUAUACUGUGCGCAACACGCGUUUGUAUCUUCAACACUACGGUUUUUGUGCUAAACAUCUGUAAUGUUCUUUUUUUUUUUAAAUCUGUGUUGUACGCUGCGGGCACUACAGUAUGAGGUUGUUUUCUUUCUUUCUGUCUUUCUUGUGGACCAUAUACUCCUCCUGUUGGCACUUUUGUUUUGUUUUGUUUAAGAGCCGUGCUUUUUUUUUUUUCGGCAUUUCCGGUGCCGUUCUGUUUUGGAAACCUUGUUGUUGAUGUGUUCCCUGGUCACGCGGGGAAGGCAACUUGAGUGAAAUCAAAUAAACGUCUAUUUAGAAGUA